UCAUAAGCAAAAGGACUGGGUCUACUGUGUUGAUAAAGCCUCUUUUGCACUGUAGUUUGUCUUAGAUAUGAACUUGUUUAUUCCUAUGGGAGAUUUCUUAUGCUUUUAAAAGAAUGUGUCUUCACUCUGCAUUAUACCUCUUAGGGGGUAGAUUUCUCCAUCAUUGCCAUCCUACUGAUGGCCAUUAAAAGUUGUAUUCUUUGACACUGGCUUAGAGACACUUUUAGACACUCUUAAGAGACACUCUUAAUUCCCUUUGGGUUCAUCUAGUUUUCUAAUGAAUUCCUCCCUCCCUUGGCAUGCAUAGAUAGUUUCCUUGGAAAGAUAAUCAAGGUAGCUGAUACUGAAUUGCAUCGAUCAACAAAUUAUGGGUGAAUGAUUGAAUGAACGUGGGGGAGAGAGAAAAUGAGGGAGGGGGAGGAGCCUUCCCCCUCCUUCAUUUACUCACUUACCAAGCAUAUAAACCCUGAUUGUGAGAGCUGUUAACAGAGGCAAUUGGAAGAUUCAACUUGAAGAUCGCAGAGCUUCAGCAUCUCUUCAUAUCUAGCUUUGCCUUUGUACCUCCUUUUCACAAUGGUUGCCUCUCUGAAGUCUUGGCCUCUUGUGAUUGCCAUGGCUCUGUGCAUCAUGUUCUGUCUGGGAACAUUUGUGGAUGCCUAUCCACCCAAGCCUGAGAGUCCUGGAGAAAACGCUUCGCCGGAAGAAAUGGCAAAAUACCUUGCUGACCUUCGGCAUUACAUUAACUUGGUGACAAGGCAAAGGUAUGGCAAGAGAUCUAUCCCAGAGACCUUGAUGUCAGAGCUUGUUUUUGGAGACAAUAGCAAUGCCAGAUCAAGGUUUGAUGAUUCCUAUAUGUGGUGAAGACUUACUCACUUUUCAGUGAAUGGAAGAUCAGCUGCCUCUUUUUAAAUAUUCCACUCCUGUUGUGUCAUUUAACAUGUUUUAAAAGCCUGUUCUUUCCCCAUUUCUGGUUUCUAUCAAAUGUUGAAUCUUGGGAAAUCAUUCCUUUGGGGAUUCCUUCUGCCCCCUAAUUUAAAAAAAAAACGAAAAUGCUUCGUGCAAGCAUAAGGGGACGCUGCAAGAAAUCUAUUGGGCUGGGGACAGGUAUGGUGUCAAGUGGCCUAGGCUUUGUUUGAAAUAAUGUCUGCAUUGACUCACCCAUGAAAGAUCACACUAUGUCCACUCUUUAUUUUAUACAAUAGAUGUGUGUGCCUGUAUGAAUGUUUGUGUGUGUGUGUAGUGUGUAUGUGUAUAUAUAUAUAUAUAUAUAUAUAUAAAUGUAUGCAUAUUCAAAGAAUUUUCUGCAUCAACAAUAAAAAAGCAAAUGUAUUGGAGAAGAA